UUUUGUUAUAAUCCUGUCAGUACAUGCUCCAGGCUAUCUGAAUGCAGCAGGAAAAUGAUUGAUAUGAGACCAGACCAGUCCUCUUCAGGAUGCUGAGAUCUCCUCUCUGAGAGUUAUAAUGAGUUAUCAUCAGGGGGCUGAGGGUGGUGACAUCCGUAAAGAAAGACGUAAGGAUGGGUCACCAUACAAGGAUCUUGAUGAGACCAUGGACCCUGAUAUGAGGGGCCAAUCAGAGAGAGCAGAGUCUAUUUCCUCUGGUUUUCUAUCAAUGAAGACUGACCGAUCCAUGGAUAUCCCUCUUCAUUUCAAAGGAGCAGACUCUCUACAAAACAAAGGGCCAGGAGAGGUGGUCUGUGAUAUCUGCUCUGAAGUCCAAGCUGUGAAGUUCUGUCUGACCUGCAGUGUGUCCUACUGUGAGACCCACAUCAGACAGCACUAUACAAUACCUAAACUAAAGAGACACACACUGUGGAUGUGACUGGAGACCUGGUGCAGAAACUCUGUCAACAUGACUACAGUCCUCUGGACGUGUUCUGCAGGACAGACCAAGAUGCUGAUCUGCAGUCAGUGUGCAGAGACAAACCACAAAGGACAUGAAUACCAUCCUCCAUGAGAUAAAGAAAGCAGGUAGACAGCCUAAGAGUUUUGGAGACCAACACAAAACGCUGGCCUCAGAUGAUGUGCUGCCCCCUCCUGGUGACAUCCAGGUCCUGUUGCUGACAUCAGACUCUGUGUCUCUGAGCUGGAGUUCUCCUCAGGGGAUUAAAGGAUCCCACAAGUUCAGGGUCACCUGGGAAUGUGACGGGGAAACAAGCUCAUCAAGAGUGAAAGAUGUGUAUCAUCUUAAAAUAAGCAGUCUCCAACCUGGUAAAAAGUACCAGUUCAGUGUGGCUACAGAGGGAGAAGAUGGAAGACAAAGUAGAUGGGCCUCAGCAUCUUUAUUCACAGUGGUUCCACCCAGAGACUUAAAGGUAGACCAUUUGAAAGAUACCUCCUUCACUCUCCACUGGACCAAGGCUGAAGGAAUGGAGAAAGUUCCACAACGCUUCCUCAUAUUCUACUGUAUCCCAGGAACUGGCCUCCAUGCAGAGAAUACUAAAGACUGCCACACAACAUUCUCAAACCUGCAACCUGGUACUGAGUACACUGUCAGCAUCUCUACUGUGCUGAACAAUGGGGAAGAGAGUGAACCAGUCUCUACAACCAUCUGCACCAUUAAGAGAUCUCCUUACCUUUACUUCCUGCUCCAGACCAGCUGA